GCUCAGUAGCGAAAUAACACUCUCUGCGAUAGCUAGUGGGUAUUAACUCUGGCAAAUUCAUCCAUAAAUCUCACAACAAUUGCAAAUGUUCAACAAAUGCAAAUAAAGAGAGAAAUUUGAGAGUUUUUACAGUUAUGAUAAUUGAGUCGGCUCUGUGAGAGAAAAAAAUGCGCAUCGUACAGUGUAAUUUUUGAAUCGUCGUCAUUUGUUCUGGUUUUAUUAAAAGAAUUUCCAUAUCAAGUGAGCAGAAAUGAGGACAAUAAAAUUCCCACAAUCAAGGACAAUAUGAUGAUAUGAUCGUAGGGACUUCUUUUUUUAUAUCUGGCAAAUGGCAAGCAUGUGUUGUGUAUUUCGUUCAAAGUCGCUCGUGACAGGCCUGUGCCUGAUCAUCGUAUUCAGUUCCUCAAGUUUAAGUGAAGAGUUUCCUGGCGAAGGUGAAUGGUGUCAUACAUCGGAGCGAAUCGAUAUAAGUGAUGGAGUUCACGAUCCAAAUACAAAUAGUAUCACAUUCAAUGGCACAACAUUUCCAAUGGAUCAAUAUGUGAAAAUGAACAAUAAAACCUUUGGUUGCCUUUGCGAAAUGACACCAUGCAUUCGUUUGUGCUGUCCAUAUGGAUCAUUCAUUAAGGCCAGAAUAAAUGGUAUCAAGUGUUCAGAUGAGCAACAGGAAGACGCAAAAAAUUUUGGAAAUUCAGUUCGGAAUGAAAACAAUGAACUCUACGAUAAAGAUCAUUUCAAAUACGUCGAUGAUCAAACUUGUGUGAAAGCCCCAAAAUAUUUAAAAUAUUGGAUUCAAGUGACAGAUAAUGGCCAAGGCAUUCACGAUGGAAGACAUCUUACACGACGAGAGUAUUGCUUCGCUAUUCAUAAAAAUGAUAAAGGGAAAAUAGCUAACGGCACAUUGCUUUGCAAAGAUCUGGUGCCUGAGAAGUCGACAAGAUAUGUCAUUCCGAUCUGCAUGAUAAUUUCGGUGAUAUUUUUAUUUGCCACAAUUUUGGUUUAUCUCUGCAUACCGGAACUAUUAAAUUUUGUCGGAAAAUGUGUAGUGUGCUAUCUCGGGUGUUUGACCAUAGUUUAUAUAAUGUUAGUUUUGAUUCAUAUUAAACCAAAGCCAUUUGGAGGAUGGGCAUGCACAGUAUUUUCAUAUAUAAUCUACCUCUUUUCUCAGUCAACAUUCGCAUGGACAAAUGUGUUAAGCUUUGAUUUAUGGUCGAAUUUCCGAGCAAUCAUGAAAGCACGGGAUAUUUCCGAUCAAAAAAGGUUCUCAUUCUAUAUACUUUAUGUGUGUAUAUGGGCGUCGGUUAUCACAAUAAUCGCCGGAAUAUUCGACUCAAUGAAACAUCUUGGAGAUAAUUUCAAACCGAAUUUUGGAGAUUAUAUGUGCUAUAUAAACGUUAACCAUGGAACGCAGUCAUACCUACGAUUUCACUAUAUCCCACUUUGCAUAAUAUUUGCCAUAAAUAUGGUACUGUUUGUUUUGAGCACGGUGAAAAUUAUACGAAUGCAAAUGGAUAUGAAGCGUUCAUUUUCCAAGGAAGAUGGUUUUCAACAACAAAACACGAUCAAAAACAAAGACAAAUACAUGAUAUUUUUACGACUGUCGAUUGUGUUUGGACUGAAUUGGUUCUUUGAGGGCAUCAUAUUUGCGAUCAAAAAUGAGACUGCCAAAUUAAUAUUUAGCAUUUUAAACGGAUUAAUCGGCGUCAUUAUCUUCUCACUAUUCAUUAUGAAGCGUAGCGUGCUAAAAGCAAUAAAAAAAAAAUGGUCUGGCAUUAAAUCAGGUAACAAUUCAUACAACACAAGUAAUGAUACUAAUGAAUCAAGUUCUCCAAAAACACCAAAACCAAACCAUAACAUCCGUUUAACUAAUAUGGCACGAAAGGAAUAUCAGUAAUAAAUAGGCAUUUAUUAGUAGUAUUUCAGCCUUCAUCCAAUCAUUUUGGUGGAAUUGAGAGAGAUCUCAUUGUUACAGUAAAUUAUAGUAUUAAACAGAUUCACUUAAUUAUAGAAUUUAGUUUAGAAUGUAACCAUAAUUUGUGGCCCACAAAUAAAAUUGACACGUAACGAAUAGACUAUCUUUAAUUAACAAUUUUUUUUUGAUAAGUUAAAACACAAUCGAGUGUCAUGAAAAACUUUGUCAUACUACGUU